AUGUCUCUUUCCGAUGAAACUGUUUAUUCGAAGCUGAAUGCCCUCAAUGAGACCCAGGAGGGUAUUGUCUCUAUUGCACAAUGGGUCAUGUUCCACAGGAGACACGCUAAGCGAUUCGCACAAAUAUGGCUACAGCGGUUGAAGGAGGCGUCUGCUCCUCGAAAACUAAACUUGGUCUACCUCGUCAACGAGGUUGUCCAGCAGAUGAAGGCAAGGAAGAAGGAGGAGUUUGGGGUCGCUUUCGCACCGAUAAUGGCAGAUGCCUGUGAAGUUGCGUAUCGAGGCUCUUCGGCGGAUAUCCAGGGAAAGUUGAGGCGGGUUAUUCAAGUCUGGAGGCAAAGAGGUAUUUUUGAUGUGGAUGUGUUGGAUGGGAUUGAUGCGCGACUGGAUGAUGUCGACAAGGGGAAAUCUAGUACUACUGCGAGACGAGGGUUGGGUGGUGGAAUUGGUGGCACCACGCCAGCAGAGCUUACACGCCUCGCUGCCGCUCAGAGCAAGCUCAACAACCAACUUACCCACUCUACGAUCGCACUUGGGUCGGCUGGCGAUGAGUACAAGAAAUGGAUGGAGGCGGAGGCUAUUCCUCCGCCUGCAGUCUAUGUUGCACGACUAUCGCAGCUUAUUAAGACGCUUGAUAUCGCCCAUGCCGCCGUUUCGGAUGCCUUGUCAUCGCGAAGGGAAUUGAUCAAGAACCUGGAGACACUGCUUGAGACCAAUAAAACCGCACUGGCAGGGGAGGAGUCACAGUUGAAAGGAGUGGAGGAAAAGAAAGCAAGGACGGAUGACGUUAAGAAGGAUGUGGAGAAUAUGCUACUUUCCGGGAUGACGGACGAUAAGAACGGCGAUACCACGAUGCGCUCCACAACACCAGACAUUGAACCGCCACGGGAGAUGGUCGAAGCUCUGACACCGCCACCUGCCACUGAAGACCCAUCGUUCCAGGAGAGUGGGCCUUUUUCGUUCCAGCAGACUUCGCCGACCAAAACUCAGGCGCCCGUCGAUUUACUCUCAUCGAUGUUGCAGUAUGGGAACUACAGCAAGGCGCCUGCCGCGCCCAAAGCUACAGAUAAUCCCAUGGCGGGGAUGGAAGGAUUGGAUGCUGAUGUCGUUGCGAUGUUGCUUAAGGGUGCCAACAGUUCGAAGGGCAACGGCGCUCCAGCCCAUGCUCAACCGCUCGCGAUGGACGAUGACGACGACGAGUACCACCCGUGA